AUGGGUAAAGUAUACGAAGUUCACCGAAAUCUUAUACACAAAAAACAUACAUUGUUCAAUCGUCAAGUGUAUGACUUUGUUCAUCGAUCAAAAUGGCAACAUGAUUAUGACACUUGUUAUAUGAUCCAUGAACAUGAUGAUCGUGAUGAAUUUGCUAUUAAAGAUCCUGAAAGACAAAUUGUGAAAUGGGUCAUUGUAGUUGAACGACCAUUCGAUUAUAAAGUAGCAAGAUAUCAACUCGAUACAGAAUUUGAUUCUACGAAAUGUGGUUGUAUUUAA